AUGUCCGCGAUCUUCACCACCUCCAUGUCCGCCAAGGCCUCGGCCAAGGUGCAAUUCCGCGCUCGCCCGACGAAGGCGUUCGCGGCGCGCCCGGUGCAGUGCUCCGCGGUGAAGUUCUCCGUGAACGCGGCGGCGAGCCAAGACACGCUCGACAAGGUUCGCGGCAUCAUCUCCGAACAACUCGGCACGGAGCUCGACGCCGUCGCGGCGGACGCCAAGUUCGUCGACUUGGGCGCGGAUUCUCUCGACACCGUCGAAAUCAUGAUGGCGCUCGAAGAGCAAUUCGAAAUCACGCUCGAUGAGGAAGGUGCCGAGAAGAUCGCCACCGUUCAAGAAGCGGCGGACAUGAUCCAAGCGCAAAUCUAA